GCAUUGCUAGUUUCCGAGCGGGUUAGCCAGAUAGUAUAGCGUUUUCUGCAGGAUAUUGGGCUUCUUUUGGGCUACUCUCCACUGAAUUCCAUUCUUUCCAAGAUGUCAGCCCACUUCGAGAGGACGUGUUCGGUGAUUUCCAACGGUGUCGUGCCGGUAAACAAGUACAAAUCGACCCGCACGGGUUUGCAGGUUUUUAUCGCACAAGUUGAGGGUCCACUUGUCAAUGGCUUCUUCUGUCUUGCUACUGAGGCCCAUGAUGAUGAUGGCCUUCCUCAUACAUUGGAACACCUUAUUUUCCUUGGGAGCGAGCAAUACCCAUUCAAGGGUGUCUUAGAUAUGCUCGCCAACCGGUGCCUUGCUCAGGGUACCAAUGCCUGGACAGACACCGACCACACCUGCUACACAGUCAUGACAGCAGGGAGCCAGGGAUUUCUGAACUUGCUACCGAUUUACUUGGACCACGUUCUCUACCCAACUCUCACCGAGGCUGGGUAUGUGACGGAGGUUCACCAUGUGAAUGGUGAAGGAGAGAACGCAGGUGUUGUCUACUGUGAGAUGCAAGGCAGGGAGAACAGCGGAGAAAGCCUGUCGCAUCUAGCCAUGCUACGAGCCAUGUACCCCGGCCGCUGCGGCUACAAGUCUGAAACAGGUGGCAUCAUGAGCAACUUGCGGACCAGCACCUCCAACACUAAAGUGAGGCAGUACCACAAGGAUUUCUACCGACCAGACAAUCUCUGUCUAAUCAUCACUGGCCAAGUUACUCCAGAGGAGGUGUUUCAGGCGUUGGAGCCGUUUGAGGAGAGAAUUAUCGCUAAGGGUGAUUUGCCGCCUUAUGUACGCCCCUGGCAGGGCCCAGUACCACCCCUGACCGAGAGUGUUGUUCAGACCGUCCCUUACCCAUCAGAUGAUGAGGCUAAUGGAAUGGUCUACAUGGCAUGGCGGGCUCCGAAAGCAAAGGACUUGUACACCAUGGCAGCCGUGCAGGUAUUAAUGGAAUACUUGACUGAUACAUCCGUUGCACCCCUGCAGCGAGAUUUUGUAGAACUAGAAGAUCCUUACUGCAGUAAGGUUCGUUACUCCGUCAUUGAAGCAUCAGAGUCCUGUGUCUACGUCAAGUUUGACAACGUCCCAAAAGCCAAACUGUCGGAAAUAAAGGACAGACUUUGCUCCACCCUGGACGGCAUAUCAUCAGGCAAGGAGCCCGUUGACAUGGAACGUAUGGCCAGCGUUCUCCAUCGCCGCAUCCUAGAGUGCCUCAACCACAUGGAGGAAAGACCUCACGACACCUUUGCCUUCAUGGGUAUCGGUGACUUCCUAUACUGCGAUACCAAGGAGGAGCUGGAGCAGCGCUUGAAUCAGGUGGAGAACUACAAGAAACAAGUCAAGGAACCAGACAGCUUUUGGAAGAAGCUUCUGACCGACUUCUUUAUCACGGCAAAAUCUGUCACGAUUCUGGGAGAACCAAGCCAGAAAUUGGCAGAGUCUAUGCCCGAGGAGGAGAAACAACGUGUUGCUAAGCAACGGGAGGACCUGGGGGAGGCGGGGCUUAAGGAGAAGACGGAUGCCCUUCUGAAGGCGACGGAAGAAAAUGAGACCGAGCCUCCGGAAAACAUGAUCAGCUCCCUGCCGGUACCCGGCACAGACUCCAUCCAUUUCCAUCCCAUCAAUCGCCGUAGCAACCUGCCUAGCAACCAGGGAGACGGGGAACUGGACGGGAUGAAUCUGCAGAAGAUCCCGUUCACAUUUCAGCUGGACGACAUUCACACCAACUUUGUGCUGUUUUCAGUCUUACUAGACACGUCCUCUGUACCUGGCAAUCUGAAGCAGUAUCUACCACUGUUUAUUGAAAUCAUAUUUGAGUCGCCACUUAUGCGGGAUGGAGUUCUGAUAUCAUAUGAGGAUGUUGUGACACAGCUAGCAGCCGACACCCUAUCGACUGAGUCAAGUCUAGGUUUCAAGGGAGCACGCUUCCGCUGUGGAAAGUUCUCCCAGUUAGCACUCAUCGAAGUUAAGGUCGAAGUAGAGAAAUACUUCAAGGGAGUGCAGUGGCUUCAGGAACUGCUCUACCAGACCCAGUUUGUGGCCGAUCGACUGAAGAUAGUUGCCAACAAGAUGACUAAUGACGUUGCUCGACUGAAGCGAGACGGCCGAACAGUUGCCGUGGCAGCUGUUAGGGAAAUGAAUUACGUCAAAGAGAGCAACUUCCAUGUUGCUAGCAUGAUUCGUCAACAGAAAUUCCUGUCCAGUGUGGUGGAGAAAUUGGAUCAAGAUCCAGAGGGGGUCAUCAAGGAGAUGAAUGGCUUGCGUGACCUCUUGACCUCACCUAACAACCUGCGCAUCCACAUGGCCGCCGACAUGAAGAAACUGAAGGAAGCAGGAGAUGCCCAGUUGCCAUGGCAACAGCACUUCGUCGGGAAAAAUGUCAAGGCGGACUCCAAAUGCGACAAGUUAGGCAAGUUUGCCAGCCAACUAUUAUGCCCAGUGGCACCCAGUGCCCCUAUGGGGACCAUAGUGGGAGUGGGCUCAGUGGAAUCCGCCUUCCUGAUCCAGACGGUGCCUUGCAUCAGUAGUUUCACCGAUCCCGACCUGCCAGCCAUUAUGGUGUACAUGGAGUGCCUUUGUGCAUUAGAGGGUCCAAUGUGGAAGCAGAUCCGAGGCCUGGGCUUGGCCUACCAUUAUCGCAUGUAUUGCCGACCGGAGGAAGGACUGUUGUACUUCCAACUGUUCAAGUGUACCCACGUGGUCAAUGCUUACAAACAAGCCUUGGACAUUGUAGAAGGUUACCUGAGCGGCAAAACGACCUUUGACCCAGUCCAGCUGGAGACGGCCAUCAGCAGCGUCUUGUACGAAGUGAUAGAGAGGGAAGAGACGGUGGCUUCUACAUCUCAAGAGUCUCUGCUGAGCUACUUCAGGGGAACGGACCAGAACUACAAUCGUGACCUUCUGUCCCAGAUCACCAAGGUCACGGUGGAUGACCUUAUGCGCAUCGGAGAUAAGUACAUGCGUCCACUGUUUGACACUGGCAAAUCUCGCUGCUCUGUCUGCUGCCAGCCAUCCAAAGUUGACGAGAUAAAGGAAGCAUUCAAGACAUUUGGCCGGGAGUUGACGGUCAUGGCAUCUUUAGACGAAGGUUUUCAAUGAAGUACAUAGCCGAAGCAAAUUAUCUCGUUCAUGAGCACAUUUUUGCUUUGUUUUGUUACAUCUUUAGUUUCUGGUCAUCUUUGUCUCGUUUGUCUUAUGUACCUAAGAGUGCCUUUGUUUAAAUUGGCACCAGCUUUAAACAAGUUUUAAGUCAUAGUUCCAGUAAUUCUGGAAAUGUUUAUCACAAAUUAUUCACAUAGUUGCACAGCAUGAUACAGUGAUAUGGGCUACUGGUCAAAUAUGGGAUAAUCGAACACUCGCCGAAGGCGCAUUAACGUGCAUGGAGAUGGGUGCACGAGGCUCGCAUGUUAAUGUCGAGCAGAAUGGGUGUUUGCGUAACAUCGUGUAACAUCGCGUAACAUCAUGUCAGCGAUCCCGAAUGACCUUUGACCGGAACUACUUCAUCGAGAUGCCGAACCAGCUUAUUUUGGGAAAGUUUUUCACAAAUUAUUCACACAAUUAGUAUGACAAUUAUAGAAAUCAUAGAAACAGAGAGGAGAAAAGAAAGGUGGUUUGAAUGUUUCAUUAAAGUGUCACAAGUUAAAAUUAAAAAUGAUCAUUCAAAAUAAAUUGUAACUGUGGAAAUUGUUAAACAUAUGCACGUAUACAUGCUACAUGUAUUUGCUAGUUACAUAU